UGUGCUUUAUCUUGAAUAUUAUCCUCUUGGUUUGGUGAUUAAAGGAAGAUUUACCAUCUGAUUCCUUACAGUGAGAAAUUGGAGCAGAUUACAUGUUUUGCCUAUUUAAUUCCAAAAUACAGUUUCAGAUAUUUGACCAGCUGAGCCUUAUUUCUCACAAGUUACAUCUGAAAUAACACAAUUUUCUCUCCUAAAGAGAAUUUAAAAAGUGACCACUGGUGAAAUAAUCAGCUCCUUCCUUUGCUGUUGUGAAUGCUAGUAGUGCCGGAGGAACAUUCCUAUCUCUAUACAGCAACUUGGUAUGAAUAUGAAUCUGAUUUCUUACAUAGCCUGAGCAGGACCUUAUAAUGAUGUAACAGUUUUUUAAGAACUUUCAGUUUGAGUAAACUCUCUUGUACCCUUCUGAUGCAAGAGAUAUCUGAAAGGAAACCUUUCAGUGCCUACAAGCACUGUCACCAAAAUUGGUGUUUAUUCAGAAUAUACACAGAUAGAUAAUACUGAAUUCUCUACAAAGCCACUGAAAUUAUCAUCAGGCUCCUCAUUGCUCUGAAGGUGCAGAUAUAAAAUAACUUAAAAAAUAUUACCAACACAUUUAUAUAUAUUUAUUUAUAAAUGAUUUAUAAAGUGCUUUUUCAUUGACCAUUGAAAUACUAUUAGAGGGAGGUUAGUUUUACUUUGCAUAUUAGAUGAUACCUAAAGUUUGUGAUUUGCUUGAGGUCACACAGAUAAUACAUAGGAAAUUUGAUAUUUACUCCUAAAUUUAUUUAAUUUUAUUUUAUUUGUCCAACAAGCAUUGGUACAAUAUGAAAUAUUUUCUUGAUGGUUUAAUGGUCUAUUAACACUAUUGUAUUUGUUGUUCCUAAGAAAACUUUCAGGUUCUUUUGGAAUGGCUGGAGACUAGAGUAUUUGAUUUUGAUGUUCGAUAUACUUAAACUCGCAUUUUGAGGUUUCAGUCGGCUGAAUAGUAAAAGCACAUCCUUAGAAAAAGAAAAGACUGAAUUUGUUUUGAGGAUGAAUGAACAAAUCUAUAUGUUUUAACCUAUAGUUGUUGGAUGAUAAGGAAGAUGAUUUGGUGAAAAUUAGGCUCUUCAAGGAAAACAGAGGAGCAGUCCCUAAAAAUUUUCAAACUUAAAAAUUUGUCAAAUGAGUAAUUAAGGGCAUAUUUCUAGCUGUGCCCUGAUUAAGCCUCCAGAUGAUUCUGAAUAUACACUGUAGCAGAACAGUUGCUUCUAGUUGUAUUAAACUCAUUACUAAUGUGGUGGUGGUUUUAGACUUCUUCCAGUGAAUCUUAUGUUAGUACCAGUUUUCAAAACAGUAUGUAUUAUCUCACUUAUUUAAAGACAGACUGAGGCUCAGGGAGGCCACCCAGCUGAAUAAUUUCUGCCGUGUUGAUCUUACACUGUUAAUGUAAAUUAUUUUGAGUUUGAAUAGCUACUCAGUCACUGUGGAACAGAUUGCUUGCCUGGGAUCUCUAGAAGUUCUUGAAGGACACUUUGAUUGUGUGGUCUGAAGCAGAAAAUUAUGACUUGGCCCUCAGCUUUCAAGAAAAAGCUGGAUGUGAUGAAAUUUGGGAGAAGAUAUGUCAGGUUCAAGGAAAGGACCCAUCAGUGGACAUCACUCAGGACCUUGUAGAUGAGUCUGAAGAGGAGCGUUUCGAUGAUAUGUCAUCACCAGGUUUAGAAUUGCCAUCUUGUGAAUUAAGUCGUCUUGAGGAAAUUGCAGAACUUGUGGCGUCAUCCUUACCUUCUCCCCUGCGUCGUGAAAAACUUGCACUAGCACUGGAAAAUGAGGGUUAUAUUAAAAAGCUCUUAGAGCUUUUUCAUGUGUGUGAGGAUUUGGAAAAUAUUGAAGGACUGCACCACUUGUAUGAAAUUAUCAAAGGCAUCUUCCUCUUGAAUCGAACUGCUCUUUUUGAAGUUAUGUUCUCUGAGGAAUGUAUAAUGGACGUCAUUGGAUGCUUAGAAUAUGAUCCUGCUUUAUCACAACCACGAAAACAUAGGGAAUUUCUAACAAAAACAGCCAAGUUUAAAGAAGUGAUUCCCAUAUCAGAUCCUGAGUUGAAACAAAAAAUUCAUCAGACGUACAGAGUUCAGUAUAUACAAGAUAUGGUUCUACCUACCCCUUCAGUCUUCGAAGAAAAUAUGUUAUCAACACUUCACUCCUUUAUUUUUUUCAAUAAGGUAGAAAUUGUUGGUAUGUUACAGGAAGAUGAAAAAUUUCUGACAGAUUUGUUUGCACAACUAACAGAUGAAGCAACAGAUGAGGAAAAAAGACAAGAGUUGGUUAACUUUUUAAAAGAAUUUUGUGCAUUCUCCCAAACGCUACAACCUCAAAACAGAGAUGCUUUUUUCAAGACUUUGUCAAACAUGGGUAUAUUACCAGCUUUAGAAGUCAUCCUUGGCAUGGAUGAUACACAGGUGCGAAGUGCUGCUACUGAUAUAUUCUCAUACUUGGUUGAAUAUAACCCAUCCAUGGUACGAGAGUUUGUCAUGCAGGAGGCACAACAGAAUGAUGAUGUAAGUAAGAAGUUAACAGAGCAAAAAAUAACCAACAAGGAUAUUUUGCUCAUCAACCUCAUCAUAGAACAUAUGAUUUGUGAUACAGACCCUGAACUUGGAGGAGCAGUCCAGCUUAUGGGCCUGCUUCGAACAUUAGUUGAUCCAGAAAACAUGUUGGCUACUGCCAAUAAAACAGAAAAGACUGAAUUUCUGGGUUUCUUCUACAAGCACUGUAUGCAUGUCCUUACUGCUCCCUUACUGGCAAAUACAACUGAAGACAAACCUAGCAAAGAUGAUUUUCAGACUGCCCAGUUGUUGGCAUUGGUAUUGGAAUUGUUAACAUUUUGUGUGGAGCACCAUACCUACCACAUAAAGAACUACAUUAUUAACAAGGACAUCCUCCGGAGAGUGCUGGUUCUUAUGGCCUCGAAGCAUGCUUUCUUGGCAUUGUGUGCUCUUCGUUUUAAGAGAAAGAUCAUUGGAUUAAAAGAUGAGUUUUACAACCGCUACAUAAUGAAAAGUUUUUUAUUUGAACCAGUAGUCAAAGCAUUUCUCAACAAUGGAUCCCGCUACAAUCUGAUGAACUCUGCUAUAAUAGAAAUGUUUGAAUUUAUUAGAGUGGAAGAUAUAAAAUCAUUAACUGCUCAUGUAGUUGAAAAUUACUGGAAAGCACUGGAAGAUGUAGAUUAUGUACAAACAUUUAAAGGAUUGAAACUGAGAUUUGAACAACAAAGAGAAAGGCAAGAUAAUCCCAAACUUGACAGUAUGCGUUCCAUUUUGAGGAAUCAUCGAUAUCGAAGAGAUGCUAGAACACUAGAAGAUGAAGAGGAGAUGUGGUUCAACACAGAUGAAGACGACAUGGAAGAUGGAGAAGCUGUAGUGUCUCCAUCUGACAAAGCUAAGAAUGAUGAUGACAUUAUGGAUCCAAUAAGUAAAUUCAUGGAGAGGAAGAAAUUAAAAGAAAGUGAGGAAAAGGAGGUGCUUCUGAAAACGAAUCUUUCUGGUCGGCAGAGCCCAAGUUUCAAGCUUUCCCUCUCUAGUGGAACAAAGACCACCCUCUCCAGCCAGUCACCUGCAGCAAAUCUGCCUGGUUCUCCAGGGUCCCCUGGAUCCCCAGGGUCUCCAGGCUCUCCUGGAUCCAUCCCUAAAAGUACAUCUCAGACGGCAGCUAUUACUACCAAGGGAGGCCUCGUGGGUCUGGUGGAUUAUCCUGACGAUGAUGAAGAUGAUGAUGAGGAUGACGACAAGGAAGACACUCUGCCAUUGUCAAAGAAAGCAAAGUUUGAGUCAUAAUGGUGGCAACUGCUUGUGAUCAGUACCUGUCGAGAAAACUGGUUCUCUACCCCUCCCCACUACAACAUCUACAACAAAGCAGUGGUUUCUUGUGAAUGACUGACACCCGGAUCAGCUCGCACACUUGACUUCUGCUCAUCAAGUGCCAAUUCAGUGGAGCAGGAGGAGGGGACACUACACAUUUAGGGGAAAGACUUACGCCUUUUGAGCUCUCCAGCUUGGACCACACAUUGCCCUUUUCUCAGGGAAGGAAAUGGAAACAAAAAGCCAACAGGGCAGGGGUUUUGUAAGUGGAACUCUGGUUUGACUGGUCAGUUGCUACAAUCAGAACAUGCUUUCUCGGACCAUGUUUGAGACUCAGAAGAAUAGGCUUUUCUGCCAUAAUUCUUCACUAGUUAAGAAUGCCAGCAGUUUCUUUGUAUAAAGAGACCUGCCUUUAAAAUCGUACAUUCUGAACAUUUUAGUCAAGUUACAACAGGUUUGGAAAAACUUCUUUGGGGGAGGGGCGAAUAUAAAGUUUCCUCUUUUUUAUCUGUUCCCUUUGCCCUUCAAACUGCAGAUUUUUUUUUUUUUUUUUUUUUUUUAAGUGGGGAUUUGUCCCUACUUGAUUAAAGAUUGAGUGGAAUUCUAGAUGUGGUCAUUUGUGUCAUAAUUUUUUUGUUUCAUUUUGUUUUUGAUUUUUUUUCUUCUCUGAGUGUAUGCUUAGUUGUUGAGUAUAUAUAUUUGGGACCAUUAAAAUUUUUUUUGAUGUAAUAUAACCUAACGUUGUGCUGGUACCUGUUUUACCAUGUGUAAUUUUUGUUCUACAUUUCUUAAUUUGUUUAGAGUUUUAUGAAAGAUGGUAUAGUUUUUAUUGACAAAAGCAGAGUAAUCUUACAACUAUGUGCAUACAAAAAGCAAUACUAUUUUGUGACUAAAUAUUUUAUAUUAAAAUUUACAUCAGCAAUUGUCUUGAGAAUUCAGGGAAACAGAAUGGAAUUUAAAAUUUCAACAGUUUUGUUAAACCUAGAAACGUGAAAUUAGUAUUCCAAAGAGAUUCUGAAAUUUCAUAUCUUGGGGAAAAAUGAUGGUACAUUAAAUCAAAAUUGAGGAUGAAUGAUUUAAGAAUAACAUACUGACUUUUGAAUAAUAAAAGAAAAGUGAAGAGUAAGAGAAACUGUA